CAAAAUACUCCCUCUCGUUUCCUCAUCUUAUCCGUGCGUUUCACCUUUGCUACGACCUCAAGCUCGGCCUCGCUGUGGCCGCAAGAGCAGGCACAGAGAGAGAGAGAGAGAGAGUGGUGGUAUCUUGAUCCAAUUCGAGAACUAUGGCCACCAUUUCCCCGCUUCUCCAUCUCCCAGUGGCCAAGCUCGACGAUAUCCUCGUCUUACGGAAGAGUCUCAUCCCCAGGCCUGACCCAGGAACCGCUCUCUUCGGCUGCAGCUCCGGCCGACAAGCUCCAUGGAUCUUCCCUGUCCGGCGCCGGUUUCGUCCGCGGGCGGCAGCCUUGGGAGGUCUGUUAGGCGGCAUCUUCAAGGGGACCGACACUGGCGAGGGCACCAGGCAGCGGUUCGCCGAUUCCGUUGCUGCGAUCAACCGGUUGGAGCCGGAGGUGUCGCGCCUCUCUGACUCGGAGCUGAGGGAGAGGACGUCGGUCUUGAAAGAGCGUGCUCGGAAUGGCGAGCUGCUCGAUUCUCUUCUACCUGAAGCAUUUGCCAUAGUGAGAGAGGCAUCAAUGAGAGUCUUGGGCCUGCGGCCUUUUGAUGUACAGUUAAUAGGUGGCAUGGUUCUUCAUAAUGGUGAAAUUGCAGAAAUGAGGACAGGAGAAGGAAAAACACUAGUGGCUGUUCUACCAGCAUAUCUGAAUGCAUUAAGUGGGAAGGGAGUGCACAUUGUUACUGUGAAUGACUACCUUGCAAGACGUGAUUGUGAAUGGGUUGGUCAAGUUCCACGCUUCCUAGGCUUGCAGGUUGGCCUGAUCCAACAGAAUAUGACAAGUGAGCAAAGAAGAGAAAACUACUUAUGUGACAUAACAUAUGUCACAAAUAGUGAGCUUGGAUUUGAUUAUCUAAGGGACAAUCUUGCAAUGACAGUUGAUGAGCUUGUCUUAAGGGACUUCAAUUAUUGUGUGAUUGAUGAAGUUGAUUCUAUUCUCAUUGAUGAAGCAAGGACUCCUCUGAUCAUCUCUGGCCUUGCUGAAAAGCCAAGUGAUCGAUACUAUAAAGCCGCAAAAAUUGCAGCUGCUUUUGCGAGAGAUAUUCAUUAUACUGUUGAUGAAAAACAAAAAACUAUUUUACUAACUGAACAAGGGUACGAGGAUGCUGAAGAAAUUUUGGACAUAAAGGAUCUUUAUGAUCCUCGUGAACAAUGGGCUUCAUAUGUUCUUAAUGCAAUUAAAGCGAAGGAACUCUUCCUUAGAGAUGUCAAUUACAUUAUUCGUGGGAAGGAAGUUCUUAUUGUGGAUGAGUUCACUGGUCGAGUAAUGCAAGGUAGACGUUGGAGUGAUGGUCUUCAUCAAGCAGUUGAGGCAAAAGAAGGUUUACCAAUCCAGAAUGAAACUGUUACACUUGCAUCAAUUAGCUAUCAGAACUUCUUUCUUCAGUUCCCCAAACUUUGUGGUAUGACUGGAACUGCUGCUACAGAAAGUGCAGAGUUUGAGAGCAUAUAUAAGCUGAAGGUUUCAAUUGUUCCAACAAACAAGACUAUGAUAAGAAAGGAUGAAUCAGAUGUUGUCUUUAGGGCUACUACAGGAAAAUGGCGUGCUGUUGUGAUUGAGAUAUCCCGGAUGCACAAGACUGGUUGCCCUGUGCUUGUUGGUACAACAAGCGUGGAGCAAAGUGAUGCAUUAUCAAUGCAGUUACGUGAAACAGACAUUCCUCAUGAGGUCCUGAAUGCAAAGCCAGAGAAUGUUGAGAGGGAAGCAGAAAUAGUAGCACAGAGUGGGCGCCUUGGUGCUGUGACAAUUGCCACUAAUAUGGCAGGUCGUGGAACUGACAUCAUACUAGGAGGUAAUGCAGAAUUUAUGGCUAGGUUGAAGCUACGUGAGAUGUUAAUGCCAAGUGUUGUCAAGCCAAUCGAAGGAGUCUUUGUCUCUGUGAAGAAACUUCCACCAAAAAAGUCUUGGAAGGUAAAGGAGAAUUUAUUCCCUUGCGACCUAACUAAAGAGACAAUAUCACUGGUCAAUGAUGCAGUAGCAUUAGCUGUUAAAUCAUGGGGUUUGAGAACAUUGACUGAGCUUGAAGCAGAGGAGAGGCUGUCUUACUCAUGUGAAAAGGGACCCACAAGAGAUGAAGUCAUUGCAAAAUUGAGAGAUGCUUUUAUAAAGAUUGUUCAAGAAUACAAGGUUUAUACUGAUGAGGAAAGAAAGAAGGUUGUAGCUGCUGGUGGUCUUCAUGUGGUAGGAACAGAGCGUCAUGAAUCCCGUAGAAUUGACAAUCAGCUUCGAGGGCGAAGUGGAAGACAAGGUGAUCCAGGAAGUUCUCGAUUUUUCCUGAGCCUUGAAGAUAAUCUGUUUAGGGUAUUUGGUGGAGACAGGAUACAGGGCUUAAUGCGAGCCUUUAGGGUUGAAGACCUACCAAUUGAAUCCAAAAUGCUGACGAAGGCACUUGAUGAGGCCCAACGGAAAGUUGAGAAUUACUUCUUUGAUAUCAGGAAACAAUUAUUCGAGUAUGAUGAGGUGCUAAACAGCCAAAGAGAUCGUGUUUAUGCCGAAAGGAGGAGGGCACUUGUAUCUGAUACCCUACAGUCACUCAUUGUUGAAUAUGCUGAAUUGACAAUGGAUGACAUCUUAGAGGCAAAUAUUCCUCCUGAAACCCCAAAAGAAAGUUGGGAUCUUGAACAACUGAUUGCAAAAGUUCAACAAUACUGUUAUCUUUUAAAUGAUAUGACACCUGAGUUGGUGGUGAGUAAAUGCUCAAACUAUGAGGAGUUGCGGGAGUAUCUCCGGUAUCGAGGACGUGAAGCAUACUUCCAAAAGAUGGAUGUAGUCGAGAAACAAGCACCAGGGUUGAUGAAAGAAGCAGAGAGGUUCUUGAUCUUAACCAACAUUGACAGACUAUGGAAAGAGCAUCUCCAAGCUAUCAAAUUUGUCCAACAGGCUGUUGGCUUAAGGGGAUAUGCCCAACGAGAUCCCCUCAUUGAGUAUAAACUUGAAGGAUAUAAUCUCUUCCUAGAAAUGAUGGCACAAAUCCGCAGAAAUGUCAUUUAUUCUAUCUACCAGUUUCGACCAAUCUUGAAGAAGAGUGAGCAACUGGGUGAUAGUUCGAAGAGGAAAGACUUGAAAAGGAAAGGGGCUGAUGACACCAACCCCAUCGGAGCUGCACAGGCUACUUCAUAAAUUGUCAAUUCAAAAGAUAUCGGAGAUAUCUACUUCAAUAGGGGAAGAGUUUUCUUUUAUUUUCUUUUUUUCCUCUGUUGUAUCUUAAAUUAUUCACGGUUAGAGUACUUAAUGAACAAUAGAAUAUCAGUAAAAAUGCAAAUGCCUCUUCUAUGUAAAGCCUGCCAUUGAAGAUUCUAUUUACCACUCCGAAAGCAUUCCUGAAUUCAAGUGGUUGGAUCAAAAUCACAAUGAUUGAAGAUGAACUCUUGGGGUAGACGGUUUGGUCUUAUGUAUCUCACUCAUCAAGUAAAUUCAAGAAGCAUGGUGGCUACUGCUGUGGUGCCCUAGGUUCAUCAGUAAUUUAAUUAUCGUAGAUGUGUACGUGUGUAACUCUGGUUGUUUGGGAAUAUAUUAUCUCUUACCAUCACACUAAGUCCUAGGGGAUUGGGAUCAAUGAUCCUUGGGUGUUUGUCUCCGAUGCUGAUUAGUGGUUCAAUAAUGUUUCAGUAAAAAGUAGUUAGGUUGAGAUGAGAGUUGGACUCUCCUUUAAGAUGAUAUUGCACUUCUAAAUAGUUGUGGUUUAUUGUUUCUGUUAAUGUAAAACGACCUUUGUCAAAGAAUGUCACUUUAAAUUUCA